AUGAAGGACCACAAUCUCCCCCGGGCCCUCGCCCUCGCUCUCCUCACCACAUGCUCCACCGCCCAACUCUACCCCCUCCAAUCCCCCCUCAACCACACCUGCCAACUCCAAGAACCCCUGCUAUCCUGCCCGUCCCAAGACGCCUCAUGCGUAGACUCGUGCUGCACCGAAACCUUCGGCGGCCUCCUCCUCAGCACACAAUUCUGGAACACCUACACCGGUCUCGAAUCCUCAGGCCAGUACCUCCCCAAGGACACCUGGACGCUCCACGGUCUCUGGCCCGACUUCUGCAACGGAAGCUACACCCAAUACUGCGACUUGACCCGCCAAUAUGACCCCAUUCCCUCCCCAAACACAACAAAUGGCCUCCCCAACGGCACCGCCGUGCCCGCCUACACCGGCCCAAAUAUCGAUACCUUCCUCGAGCCCUUUGGCAAAUACGACCUCCUAGACUACAUGUCGACCUACUGGGUGGCGUGGCAACAAGACAACGCGGGUUUCCACGCCCACGAAUUCUCAAAACACGCUACUUGCUUUUCUACCUUCAACGUGCCGUGCUACGGUCCGCUGUACCGCCAGCACGAAGACGUCGUCGAUUUUUUCGAGACGGCGGUAAAGUAUUAUAAGCGGUUUCCUACGUUUGAGUGGCUGCACGAGGCGGGUAUUACGCCGUCGAAUGCGUCGGUUAGGUAUUCGUAUGGGGAGAUUGUGCAUGUGUUGGCGGAGAGGCAUGGUGGUGUCCCGUUUUUGGGGUGCUCGGGUCCGAGGUUCAAUGAGACGGUUGCGGGGAGGAAUAGUACGGAUAGGGGGUUUACCGUGUUGAAUGAGGUGUGGUAUUAUGAGCAUGUCUACGGUCGCCCUCAGGAAGGAAACACGAUUCCUGUUAAUGCGUCGGCGAGUUACCUGACCAACUGUGCGAAAACAAAGGGCGCCAUUUUCUACCCGGAGCGAACGAAUGGUUCGGAAAAGGUUCCUGCGGUUCCGUACUAA